UGUCUGUGAGACAUUAUCUCUCAGGUAUUUCUCGCAAACUGUUGUUCUUUUCUUUGUCAAAAUUAAGAACUCUGCUUGGAGUUUUAGCGAUGUAAUUACACCGCAACCAGACGAUUUUUCAGUCUUUCGUGAAAGGACGUCAAGAAAAUGGCGUCUUACACUACUGGUUAUGAUGACGAACUAUUUCAGCACCCUGUCGGCCCUAGUCUUCACUGCUGUAUUUGUACCAGUGUCAUCAAAGACCCGGUCAUGUGUCGCCAUAAUGAGCAUAUAUUUUGUCGUAGUUGUAUCACCAGGCAUCUCAUAAAUUCUCAGACUUGCCCGACAUGUAUGGAAUCACUCACUGUCGACACUCUGAAAGUGCCUCGUACCAUAGCAAACUUGCUUUCGGAACUGAAGAUCCGUUGCGAAUUCUUCAACCGUGGUUGCGAAAAGUUUGUUGAGUUGGGAGAUCUUGAAAAGCAUGUUGCAGACUGCGGAUUUGCCCCAGCAGUCUGCUCGAAUGAAGGUUGUGGGCAGGAAGUCGACCGGCAAGAUUUGUUUCAUCAUGAAACCGUUCUGUGUAAGGUACGCAGAGAUAAAUGCCAUAGUUGUAAUGCUUUAAGACGAGAGAUGGAUAUUCUUAAAGUUGACUUUGGGAACGUGAAUGCUGUUGUGGAAAAUGUCGGGGCCAACGUUGAACUGCUUCAGAGACAAGUGGACAGGCUGGAAGAAAGAAAUCGUCUGCUGGAAGCGGAUAAUGUUGAAAUGAAGAAGUUUAUAAAUGCCAAAAACACGAAGCAACCGGAAAGAAUGUCAGCAACGACAUCGACACAGGUUCAGCAUGAACAAAAGGAAAAAGAAAUAGCAGAAAUUGUUGGAAAGGACAGAGAGACGAUGGUUGUUGUUGCUGGGGGCUCAAGUGGAAGAUGUCUAAAUUCAGUGGAAAUGUUCAGUCUAACAACAACAACCUGGACAUUACUUGACACGAUGAAAUCAGGCCGUCAAUCACCAUCUUCCGUUAUUUACAACAAUCAGCUUCUUGUCACAGGCGGUUAUACUGGUCUUGGUUGGUCCGAGUCCAUGGAGAAAUUAUCAUUGAUUGAUUUUCUGGUUGAUCAAUCCACAAAUUGGGAAGAUUUUUCUGCUGAGUUACCUAGACGGUUAGCAGAACACUGCACCGUAGUUGUUAACGGAAAGUUGAUAGUGAUUGGAGGUUAUGACGGUGAUCUACAUUCAUGUUCUGAUAACAUCACUGAGAUUUUUCUUUCUCGACCUCAUACCAAAAAGGUGUUGACCAUCAUGCCACAGGGCAGAUGUUACCAUGGUGUUGCCAUCUUUGGUAAUAAGAUCUUUAUUUUCGGUGGUAGGGAAAAUUUGAUGAACAUGGUAGCACUGAGAAGUGUUGUUAUGUAUGACAUCACCAAGAAUAAAUGUCAGGAAUUGGCCCCCCUACCCUACCCCGUGAGUGAAAUGGCAACUGUCAAGUGGGAUGAAGACAACGUCAUUCUAAUGGGUGGUGUUGACAGCCACGGCAAAGUAUUAAGCACCGUUUUGAUGUACAACAUCACGACCCAGAAGAGUUACAUGUUACCUGACAUGAAGUAUAAGAGAAGGGGAUGUGUGGCUGCAGUUGUCAAAGACGCUGUGAUUGUAAUGGCAGGUCGAAAUUGGAGAGGAAAUGACAUGAAGUCAGUGGAAAGAUUUACACGUGAUAAAAACAGCUGGGAAAAACUUCCAGAUAUGCAUGAAGCAAGAUAUGGAGCCACUGCAGUGGUCUGGUAAUCAUACAGUGUAAAUAUACAAUUUACUCUGACUUUAAAAAAAUGUCUUCGCCGGACAGUCCCAGACCAGACAAUUGACCAUGUUAUUCAUCUGAAAUUUAUAGACAUGUCCUUAACAUAUCUCAAUGAAGAAAUUGAUAUUAUAAUUAUCUAGUGAUACCAAAAGAGUUGUUCGUUGUUACUCGUAAGUUUUAUGUCAUAGAACUGUCACAAAUUAAAUUACAUAACACUGUUGUGAUUCU